CCAGAAUUAUGCUCUCUACUCCCAAUAUUCAAGCAAUUGCAUAAAAAAACAAUUGGUUGAAACAUGGAAUAAACUCUAGAGCAAGAAAAAUGGUGGUUUAAGCUUAACAAAUAGCAUAACCCUUAGCUAAAUAGCUGCCUAUUCCUUCAACCUCUCUAUCAAUUCAUCUCUUUCUUUUUCAGCAAUUAUUCCUUCUGUUUUCUUCAUUAAUCCUGUUUUUUUUUGGCGUUGGGUUUUGUCAUUUUCAGUCCAAAAUCCAUAACCCAGCCAUAAUUAUCAAUCUCAUAUCUCUAUAUCGACCCCUUCUUAGCUGUGGAACUUCCUUUUUUUAAGUAAAGGGAAUCGAGAUAAGAGAAACAAGCGAAUUUCCCCACAUGGAUUCUCAGGUUAUGGUGGCGCUUGCUCUUUCUCUCGUUGGUGGAUUCAGUACUUCUCUAGGUGCCCUUUUCGUAAUUCUUAGUCAAGCUCCCAAUUUGAAAAUGCUUGGGCUUUUACAGGGUUUUGCUGCAGGUCUAAUGUUGAGCAUAUCGUUCCUUGAUUUAGCUCAUAAUGCUAUGAACUCGAUUGGGUUCUUGAAAGGAAACCUCUGGUUUUUUGCUGGUGUUAUCUUCUUUGCUGUGGUUGCCAAUUUUAUACCCGAGCCAACUCUACCUCACAGUUCUGAGGUUAAAGGCAAAAAGAGAAGUGGUGAUGAAGGGGGCAAAGAUGUGAUGAAAAAGCAUCGACGUCAGGUUUUUUUUAGUGGAAUUAUUACAGCAAUAGGCAUAAGCUUGCAUAAUUUUCCGGAGGGAAUGGCAGUUUUCCUUGGAUCCAUGAAGGGCCUUCGUGUUGGUCUUAAUUUAGCUUUGGCCAUUGCUUUGCACAACAUCCCAGAGGGUGUUGCUGUCGCCCUUCCGGUUUACUUUGCUACUCAAAGCAAGUGGCAGGCAUUCAAAUUGGCAACGCUUUCUGGUUUUGCAGAGCCACUUGGUGUCGUAAUUGUCGCGUAUCUGUUUCCGAGCAACUUAAGCCCUGAAAUUCUUGAGGGCUUGUUAGGAUCAGUUGGUGGGGUGAUGGCCUUCCUAACAUUACACGAAAUGCUGCCAUUGGCAUUCGAUUACGCGGGGCAGAAACAAGCUGUCAAGGCUGUUUUCUUCGGAAUGGCAUUCAUGUCUGCAAGCCUGUACUUUCUCGAACUAAGCUUACCCAAGGAGUUGAACUUGUAGCCUGUUUCCAUGAAGCUUUAAACAAAAUUGUUGUAAAAUUCCGAAACCAAUGUCUUGUUAUGCAUACUGAUAUUGAUUGCUUUCUGCGAUCUUGUAGCCACUCUGGAAGAUCUUAUAAUACCCCAAAAUUGCAAUGUAGAUAAUAUCAAUUUGUUCCUUUUAACAAUUGAAAUGAAA